UUUGUUUCAGUUUUUUUGAUAAAAUGGAGUAUCUUGCAUGGGAUUUAUUACACUUAGAGCAUCGUGUAGAACGCUUAGAAAGACACAUCCAAAGAAAAGAUUGGCGAGAAUGACAUGAUCCUUUUGAUAUGCACGAAACAGAAUUCAUAAAAUUAUAUAGAGUUACUCCAGAAAUAGUUAUGGAGUUAACAAAUACUUUAAGAGAAAGACUGGAGCAUAGACGCCUAGGUGCUCUUAGUCCUGAACGUCAGGUAUUAACUGCGUUGAGGUUUUAUGCGGUUGGAUGUUAUCAGGGUUCGAUUGGAGAACAAUGGGACAUUGCUAUAAGUCAACCAUCUGUCAGUUGUUGCAUAAGAAGAGUAACUGAUGCAAUGAAUGAUAUAUUAUUGCGUCGAUGGGUCAAAUUUCCUAUGACAGAUGUUGAUCGCCACAGAGCUCGUGAAAAAUUUCGAUUUGCACGACAACCUUUUGUAGGCGCAAUUGGAGCUAUUGAUUGUACAUACAUUAAUAUAAAAGCACCAGAAAUUCAUGAAGAAGCUUACGUAAAUCAUUGGGGUGACCACGCACUCAAUGUUCAAGUGAUUUGUGACCCUGAUUUAAAAAUUUUAAAUGUAAAUGCACGAUAUCCUGGUGCACGUCAUGAUGCAUAUAUAUGGUCCAAUUCUCCGGUUCGUCGAAUCAUGGAAAGAAAAUUUAAUAACGGAAAAAGGAAUACUUGGUUAAUUGGUGAUGAUAGAUAUACUUUAGAGCCUUGGCUUAUGACUCCCCUCAAACGUGAAGUACCUAACACACCAAGAUUCCGUUACAAUGAAGAUUUAUGUAGUUCAAGAUCAUGUGUUGAAUGA